AUGGCAGACCUCGGUAAUAAACCGGACAGAAUUCAUGCAAAGUUUUCACGGUUUAACUUCACAAUUGAUCACAACCCUCUCCAUGUUGGCAUAUCAAAGAGUGCUUCCAACCUCCUGCUAGGGGAUAAACUCGACAGCUACGUCAUCGCAUCCUUGCUUCAGUCAGAUCAGAGUUAUGAAAGUGGGCGUGAGACCGAGUUGUUUGUGUGUCUGCACAUUCUGAAUGAUGACCUCGUCCGCAGAUCAAUCUCCCUGUGCCAGGUGUCUGAAAGUCCAGGCAAGUUAACACUGUAUGUAACCGAACGAUUCCAUGAGCACUACGGCAUUGCCGACUCUGAGGAUGUCUUUAUCAGGCCAGUGAAGGCAUUCCCACUCACAAAAGUUGUGUUUGGUGCGAGGUCCAGUAGGUGCUACGACUGGGCUAAAAACCGUCUAUUCAGUACAGGUUUACUUGUUUCAGUAUGCCAGCAAAAGGUCUUGGUUCGUACCAGUGAUCAGUUUCUUGCACCAGUGAUACCGGUGUUUAGUAGUGAUGAGGCGUAUAGUCUGGCCAAUUAUCAAGACCUGAUUGCCUUGGAGUGUGAACCAAUAAAACAAGGGAUAAUUUCAAUUAAUACAUCAAUUGUGAUCACUCAAAUUGACGAAAACAGGCAGUUCAGUUCAGUAAUUCAAAAUAAACACGAGAAUGGACCCGAAAGUGGAACUUUCAGAGAUGAUGUGGUGAGCCUGUUGCCAGAGCCAUUUCUUCUAUCUGAGUUUGCAUCCAAGUUGAACAAUUUAAGCUUGAAGUCACUGCUGCAGACUGAAACCGUAUCGGUUCCGAAGAUAGUAAACCUUCUCAGUACCGAGGAAGAACCGCCCCCAAACACACUCUACUUGGAACCUGUGAUUAUUCCAACGAUAUCAACUCACACAAGAUCUACUGUGAAUUACCUGACAUGCAGUGAGAACCAAUGUGAGGUAGAGCUACGGGUUGGCGUCACCAAAUCUACUUUGAAGCGUUUGUGUGCCUUCAAUGGAAGCUGGGUCGUUGUUUCAAUCCCGCGGGAAGAAGUCCCAGAGCGAGAGAAUGGCCCAGAGAAGGCUGCCCAAUCAGAACCUGAAACAUCCUCGGGUAGAGAUGACAGGAAGCCUUCUGCGGAUCAGCCCCUCGAGGCCAAACCUCAAAAUUUGUCUACACAUCUUGCUCAGGUGUUUGCCAUUGAUCAGAAACUGUUUGCUCUGUUGAAGAACUCGGCGAAUGGCAGCAGUGACGCUGAUGCGGCAAAUCUGAAGGAGGGAAGAAACGAAGAAGAGGAGUUGCCACCAGAUGACAACGUCUUGUAUUUGUCUCCUCGGCUGUGGUUUAAUCUUCAACUUCAUCCAUCCAGACUAAUCCAAUUGAAUACAGUUGUGUCUGUUAGACUUGCCAAAACGGAGUUACAGCCAAGAGACAGCAUCCUUGCCAGUUCAAAGAGUAUCUCCACCAGCUGUCAGCCGCCCCUUGCUGCCGAGGUCCAUCUCGGACUGAUCAAGUCCCCAGACUACCCCAUGACGAGCAAGCUGGAUAAGGCCAUCAAGAAGUUCUUCUCUGAGACAAGGAUUGUUUCCCUUGGAGAUGUUGUGACUCUGAGCACCAAGGAGUUCCCAGAGUAUAUCCAAGAUAUUAGUGAGGGGUCGCACACACGUUCUCCGUUUGUUUACUUCAAGGUGAUGAAGAUAGAAUCAGUGGUGGAUGGAGCAGUGGCCUACUCAGUUGACCCACUUCAGUCUUUAGUUUUCCAGGGUGUUCCAGUUUCUAGUUACAUCCCAGUGACUAUGGAUGCUUACAUCAAUAGUAAACUAGACCCUAUAUGGAGUGCGCCAUUACCAGCAGGGGUCUGGAAGUACACAGAUCAGAUUGAGGACCUAAUCGUGCCAUACCUAAUCCCAAAAUCCCAGUGUGCCCGACUGACCCCCUCUAUGUUGCUGUCGGGACCCAUUGGUUGUGGUAAGGUGACAGUCAUCCGUGCAGUCUGUCGUCGACUGAAUCUACAUUGUGUUGUGGCUAACUGUAAUGACCUGUGUGCUGAUACCACUGCGUCAACAGAGGCCAAGAUCAAGAACAUCAUGUUCAAAGGUGGAAUGUGUGCUCCGUGCAUCCUGGUACUUCGGAACAUACAAGUAUUAGCUAGAGAUAGAGAUGGAACCGGUGAAGAUUUUAGAGUGUCAGCAUCACUGAAGGAGGCCAUCCAGUCAUUAUCCAGUACUAUUCAUGACUACCCAGUGAUUGUCAUAGCAACAACACCGUCAACAAAGGCUGUACUAACUGACUUGCAUGCUUGCUUCCUUCAUCAUCUGGAGAUUAAGGUACCAAACGAAGAAGAGCGUAAAGAAUUGCUUCAGGCUUUAUGUGAGACGGUUCCUAUGGCAACAGAUGUAGAUAUUGCGUACAUCGCAAAGAGGACUGCUGGGUUGGUUUUGGGCGACUUGUGUGCAUUGCUGUCGCACACCGUAAGGUCAUCUGUGGCAAGAGUCAUAUCGUCAUGCUCGAUUGGAAGUAAGUUGUCAAUCAUUGAAGAGAAGGAUCUUUGCGCUGCUGGGAUACAAGUCAACAAUGUGGACUUUGAGGGUGCUCUUAAUCAGCUUCAAGCUGCACAUGCUGAUGCUAUCGGCGCUCCAAAGAUUCCUAGUGUGUCGUGGGAAGAUGUAGGCGGUCUCGCCGAUGUCCGAUCAGAGAUUCUGGACACCAUUCAGCUUCCUCUUCAGCAUCCUGAACUGUUUACUGCUGGACUACGUCGCUCUGGAGUCUUGCUCUAUGGUCCUCCGGGUACGGGCAAGACUCUAUUGGCUAAGGCUGUAGCUACGGAAUGCUCACUCAACUUUCUCAGUGUGAAAGGACCAGAGUUGAUUAACAUGUAUGUCGGACAAAGUGAAGAAAAUGUGCGAGAAGUGUUUGUUAGAGCAAGGAGUGCCUCUCCUUGCGUUAUCUUCUUUGAUGAGUUAGAUUCCUUGGCACCUAACAGAGGACAAAGCGGAGAUUCCGGUGGUGUUAUGGACAGGGUUGUAUCGCAGCUGCUGGCAGAGCUUGACGGUCUACACAAAUCAACAGAUGUAUUUGUGAUAGGUGCAACUAAUCGGCCAGAUUUACUUGACCCAGCUUUGCUCAGACCUGGAAGGUUCGACAAGAUGUUGUAUCUCGGUGUGAGUCGAGAUCGCCAAGGCCAGGUGAACAUUAUUCAAGCUCUGACUAGAAAGUUCGUUCUGUCUCCCGAUGUUAAACUGGACCUUGUUGCUGAUAAAUGCCCCUUGACAAUGACUGGGGCAGAUUUUUACGCCCUGUGCUCAGAUGCCAUGUUGAAUGCGGUCAAAAGAAAGAUCAGCGAUCUUGAAACAGGUAAUACCGAGGAUGAAUUAAGCAUCGUGGUGGACCAGGAAGACUUCAUGGUAGCCCUGGAGUCUCUGGUCCCAUCAGUAUCUGAGCAGGAACUUCAGCAUUACCAACAAAUUCAAAACCAAAUCAGUCGAGGCUUCUAGAAACUUCUAGACAUUAUUAUCACAGUUAACAGGAUCUAUCCCUGAAACGGCUCCCUCUGAAGUAACAUAGUUUUUGAGAGAGAAGUAAUCUCUCAGAUGUUAAAUUUGCAUCAG